CACCAGGAAGUGUCUCCUAACCACGGCAACAUGGCAGCAAACACAGACCCACACGGCAAUGGAACAGCCGAGGAGCAGAUGCCUGAUCUUUCCGACGGAGAUGAAGAUGAGGACGAGGAUGCAGAUGAAGAGCAGUGGCAGUGGGAGGAGGAGGAGGAGAGCCAGCCCGUCACCUGUCUGUUCUGCGACAGGUUGCUUAGCUCUGUCCCCGACACCCUGCAGCACUGCACCGCUGAACACCGGGUCAGCCUCGUAGACGUCAUAAGAAAACACGGUUUAGACGACUAUGGUUACAUAAAGAUGAUCAACUUCAUACGAUCAACAAAAUGUAGUCCAUCCUGCCUUGGGGGGCUGCCAGAGGGGCCCUUGCCCUGGGAGAGUGAAGACUUCCUGCGACCAGUCCUACAGGACGACCCACUACUUCAAGCUGACCCUGAAGAGCUCUGUGAGGGGUCGUGCUCGUCACGUGCAUGCCAGUCGUCCACGGCAGAGCCUUACGAUGUGCUGCAGCGCAGGGCCCAGGCCGCCGACGAGAGAGCUCGCUCUUCAGAAGAGGCUCUGGCCAGAGCCAUGGACGAUCUGCACAAACUCAAACUUCUGGCUCAGGGUUUGGUGCUGAAUGCAGAUACCAGCAAGUCCAGGAACCUGGGCACUGUGGGCGAGCUGCGUGAGGACGAGGACGAGGCCUACUUCAGCUCCUACGGCCAUUAUGGCAUCCAUGAGGAGAUGCUCAAGGAUAAAGUUCGUACGGAGUCUUACCGUGAUUUCAUGUACAGCAACUCUGAAGUAUUCAAAGACAAGGUGGUGCUUGACGUGGGCUGUGGGACGGGCAUCCUGUCCAUGUUUGCUGCCAGAGCCGGGGCCAAAAGAGUUAUUGCAGUGGACCAAUCAGAAAUCAUCUAUCAGGCCAUGGAUAUUGUUAGAUCCAAUCAGCUGGAGGAGAAGAUCACUCUAAUCAAAGGCCGGAUUGAGGACAUCAAGCUCCCUGUGGAGAAGGUGGACAUCAUCAUCUCAGAAUGGAUGGGAUACUUCUUGCUGUUUGAGUCCAUGUUGGACUCCGUCCUCUAUGCCAGAGACCUCUACUUGGCUGAUGGUGGCUCAGUUUACCCAGACCUUUGCAACAUCAGCCUGGCAGCUGUGGGAGACACACAGAAGCAUCAGGACCGCGUUGCAUUCUGGGAUGAUGUGUAUGGCUUCAACAUGGCCUGCAUGAAGAAGGCCGUGGUCCCCGAGGCCGUGGUUGAAGUAGUGAAUCCAGACACACUCAUCUCUGAACCUGCAGUCAUCCAGACCAUUGACUGUAACAGAGUGUGUCUGUCAGAGCUGGAGUUUACUGCAGAUUUCAGCUUGAAGAUGACAAAGACCACAGAGUGCACGGCAAUUGUUGGCUACUUCGACAUUUUCUUUGACAAAGACUGCAGCAACAAGGUUAUGUUCUCCACGGGACCUCAAGUCACCAAGACACACUGGAAGCAGACCGUCUUCAUUCUGGACAGGCCGGUACCAGCUCAGGCAGGGGAGGAACUCCAGGGGAAGGUCACUGUGCGCAAGAACAAGAAGGACCCUCGCUCGCUGUUUGUGACCUUUGACCUCUGGGGCAGGAAACAGACUUAUAGCCUGCAGUAAUGUCAGCCGUGUGGUGCGCCUAACAGACGUGUGUGCACGGACGGUUCAUGUACUCCAGCAGGUGGUAGCAGAAGAGAAUAAAACAAUUGAAUACAAAUUUUCCAA